AUGAGUACUCUUACCGAACGAGUAGAUCAAACAAAUAUUUAUGUUCAACCAAUUCUUUUUAUUCUUACUAUGAUAACAAAUAUUUUAAAUAUAUGUAUAUUACGUGAUCGUACACUUCGAUCAUCACCUUGUAGUCAUUAUUUUAUUAGUUUUUCAGUUUCAAGUAUUCUUUAUACUUGCUUUUUAUGUCCAACACAAAGUUUACGACGAUAUAAUAUUUUAUGGAUAAAUACAACUGUUGGUUGCAAAUUAAAUCCUUUUCUUUUAUUUGGUUUACCUCUACAAGCUAGUCUUAUGCUUAUCUUAGCUUCGUUCGAUCGUUUUUGUUCAAGUUCCAUGUCAGUAAAACUUCGUUCAAUGAGUAAUAUACGAGUAGCACGAUGGUCAAUUAUAUUGAGUUCAUUUUUAUGCGCACUAUGCAUGUCACCAAUGAUAUUUAUCUAUGAUUUUAAUUCAACUAUACAUCUAUGUACACAAUAUUCUAAUCUGUUAACUGCUAUAUUUACUUUUGGUCAGAUUAUUGUUUAUUGUAUUUUAGUACCAAUAAGCAUGGCUGUAUUUGGUAUUUUGACCAUAACUAAUAUUCGACAACAACUUAUUCGAGUAAGACCCAUAGGAGGUAAUAAUCAAAAUCGUCGAACAGAAACUCAAUUGGCUCGAAUGUUAAUAAUUCAAAUUGGUGUUCAUAUGAUUUUUGCACUCCCAUUUGGUAUUGUAUAUUUACUGAAUACAUUUAUGCCAUUAUCUCGAACACCAUUCAUAAUAGGUUUACGAUUGGCUUUUGUCACUUGGCAACAAUGUGAUUAUUUUGUUCCUUUUUUUCUUUAUACUCUUUCUAGUAGUGUUUAUCGUGUAAAACUCUUUCGAAUGCUCAAAUUAAAACAUCAUGAUAAUAACGUAACUAUAUAUUUCACACAAACUCAAGCAUAUAAUACUCGUCAUAAUGGUGUGGGUGUGGGUGUGGGUGUGGGUAUCAUAUUUAUAAAAUAUUCACAUCCACACCCACACCCUCAAGAUGGUAUCAAUCAAUGA